UUUGUCCCUCCUCUUCAGGUGGCGAGGAGCAAGCACCAUGGCAGAACAACUCCUUCCUCAGGCUUUGUACUUCAGCAAUAUGCGGAAAGCUGUGAAGAUCAGAGAGAGAACCCCAGAAGAUAUCUUUAAACCCACCAAUGGGAUCAUUCACCAUUUUAAAACCAUGCACCGCUACACCCUGGAAAUGUUCCGGACUUGCCAAUUUUGCCCGCAGUUUCGAGAGAGCAUCCACAAAGCUCUCAUCGACAGAAGCACCCAGGCUUCCCUGGAAAGCCAGGGGAAGCUCAACUGGUGUCGCGAAGUUCGGAAGCUUGUGGCUCUGAAAACGAACGGGGAUGGGAACUGCCUGAUGCAUGCUGCUUCUCAGUACAUGUGGGGCGUUCAGGACACAGACUUGGUCCUCAGGAAGGCACUCUUCAGCACGCUCAAGGAGACGGACACACGCAACUUCAAAUUCCGCUGGCAACUGGAGUCUCUGAAAUCUCAGGAAUUUGUGGAAACGGGGCUUUGCUAUGACACCCGGAACUGGAAUGAUGAAUGGGAAACCCUUGUGAAAAUGGCAUCCACAGACACUCCGGGGGCCCGGGGCCGACUUCAGUACCACUCUCUGGAAGAGAUACACAUCUUUGUCCUGUGUAAUAUUCUCAGAAGGCCCAUCAUCGUCAUCGCAGACAAAAUGCUGAGAAGUUUGGAAUCUGGUUCAAAUUUUGCUCCUUUGAAGGUGGGGGGAAUUUACUUGCCUCUCCACUGGCCGGCUCAAGAAUGCUACAGAUACCCAAUUGUUCUUGGCUACGACAGCCAACACUUUGUCCCCUUGGUCACCUUCAAGGACAGCGGGCCUGAAAUCCGAGCCGUUCCACUGGUGAACAGAGACCGAGGGCGAUUUGAAGAUUUCAGAGUUCACUUCCUGACAGAUCCUGAAAACGAGAUGAAGGAAACGCUAUUGAAAGAGUACUUGAUGGUGAUAGAAAUCCCCGUCCAAGGCUGGGACCUCGGCACCACCCACCUGAUCAAUGCUGCGAAGUUGGAUGAAGCUAACUUACCCAAAGAAAUCAGCCUGGUGGAUGACUACUUUGAGCUGGUUCAGCACGAGUACAAGAAGUGGCAGGAGAACAACGAACAGGGACGGAGAGAAGUGCACCCCCAGAAUCCUCUGGAACCCCAGCUUUCGCUCAUGGACGUGAAAUGUGAGACACCGAACUGUCCUUUCUUCAUGUCCGUCAACACCCAGCCGUUUUGCCACGAGUGCUCAGAGAGGCGGCGGAAAAGUCAAAAGAAACUCCCAAAGCUGAACCCUAAGCUGGGCCCCGAGGGGCUCUCUGGCUUGGUGCUCGGGGCCUCCCGGGGUGAGGCCUGGACCCCCGAGGAGCCCGAGGGGGGACCCCACUCAGCCCCGCCGACCGCGCCCAGCCUGUUUCUGUUCAGCGAGACCACUGCCAUGAAGUGCAGGAGCCCCGGCUGCCCGUUCACGCUGAACGUGCAGCACAAUGGAUUCUGUGAGCGGUGCCACCAGGCCCGGCAGCUGAUCCCCAGCCACAGCGCGGACCCCACGAGGCAUGCAGAUCCUGGUAAGUGCCGAGCCUGCCUCCAGGAUGCCGGCAGGACGUUUAAUGGCAUCUGCAGUGCCUGCUUCAAAAGGACUACGGCCCAGCCCUCCUCCAUCCUCGGCGCCAGUGGCUCUCCUUCCUGUCACCAGCGCUCCAAGUCGGACCCCUCUCAGCUCAUCCAGAGCCUCACCCCACAUUCUUGCCACAGAGCCGGGACGGAGGGCCCACCGGGCCACCUGAGCCAGGCUGCACGGACUCCCGAGGACAGGAUGGGCACAAGCAAGUGUCGCAAAGCCAGCUGCACCUACUUCGGGACGCCGGAAAAGAAGGGUUUCUGCACCCUGUGCUACAUCGAGUACAGAGAGAACAAACAUCUCGUGGCUAACUCAGGGAGAGCCAGUCCCCCGGGCUCCAGGUUCCAGAACUCAGUCCCCUGCCUGGGGCGGGAAUGCGGCAGCCUGGGAAGCACGGUGUUUGAAGGGUACUGCCAGAAGUGCUUCAUCAAAGCCCAGAAUCAGAGAUUUCAUGACGCCAAGAGGACCGAAGAGCAACUGAGGUCUAGCCAGCUCCGAGACCUGCCUCGAACCACCCAGAGCUUGUCCAGGCCCAAGUGUGCCCAGGCUGCCUGCAAGAACAUCCUGGCCUGUCGCAGCGAGGAACUCUGCAUGGAGUGCCAGCACCUCAGCCAACGCGUGGCCCUGGCACCCCACCCCGGCGCCCCACCAGCGCCCGACGAGCCCCCCAAGCAGCGCUGCCGGGCCCCUGCCUGUGAGCACUUCGGUAACGCCAAGUGCAGUGGCUAUUGCAACGAGUGCUUCCAGUUCAAGCAGAUGUAUGGGUAGGCAGACCCAGGCGGGCCAGCCCAGUCCAGAGGGGCCCAGAGCUGUUCGUCACCAUGGUGCUAUUCUCUGAACCGCUGAUGCCACUGGGGCAUCAGUUCCCGCCGCCAGAGUGGGUGGGCGCCAGGAUCCCUUUGAGAAGGGAAAGGAAAGAUAAGCUCCCUUGGUAACCUGGCAAUGUGCCCAUCUUGCUGUAAAGGUUGCGUGGUGGGAAGUGUUGGCCCGGGGCUAUUGGUCCUCACACUGAGUGGGAAACUGGGGGCCUUGAUGGACUUGGAGUAGUAUGUGCCUGGACCGGACCUCACCCCGCAUCCUACCCACCAGGAUGGCAGUAACAGCUGGAGAGAAGGGAGAAGACAGGCAGGCAGGCAGGUCGGGGAAUCCAGAGCUGAGUCCUGGGGCCCCAAGGCCCUCCACAAGAAGCUCCAGGAAGCUCAGGGAAAACGGACAUACUGGGAGUGUGUCAGUCAGUUCAGGGUUUCUUCCUGUCGGUUCCUGGCUGCCUGGUCCCUUUCCUUUGGGCAUGGCAAAAGCGGAGCUGUCCGUAGACUGUGAUUCUGAGGCUGCUGAGACGAAGCUUGCACUGAAAAGCACACAACACGCUGCUCGGACCACAUGCACCUUCGAGAGAUCCGGAGACUUGGAUAGAACACGCUGUAGUACUCUUCUGGUUGUGGCCUUCGACAGAGUUCACCUGCCUCGAGGUGUGUGUCCACAUGUGUAUAUAUAUAAUACACCCUUAUGUAUGAGGGGACAUUUUCCUAAGAUGUCAUGCUGCCUAGAAGUUUGAGUAGAAGACUGAUUAAUAAUAACCUGUUUUCUGGUUGUUGGGGGUUUUUUUUGUUGUUUUUUUUUGGGGGGGUGCACUUCUGUACCCGGCUUAUAUGAACUUGACCAGCUGCCUUUAUAAAGGGAGCAUGCUGUGUGAUUCACUUUAUUUAUUUUAUUACAAACGUCAAGGUCAUUGAAAUGAAGAUGUUUCUUCUGCUUUGGGAGGGUGGGGCGACGUGCCUUCUUGAGGUGAGAGUCAUGCUGGGCAGAGUCUAGGACCUGACCAGUCCCUGCCCGCAGCGGGUCCUCGGCCUCUGGGGCUCCCUGGGCUUGCCUUCGCCUGGGGAAAGGAGGAAUGGCAGGACCCAGCGCAAAUUCAUUAAAAUACCACUCUGAAGCAGCAGCCGCUUUGGCCAGAGACACUUCCCAGCCGUACGCUAAGACAUCUCUUUAUACUCUUGUCGAUGCCUCUGAGUGUCCUACCUCCUUAGAGAGAAGGUUGGGAAGGAGCAGAAGACCGCCUGGAAUGGUGGGUUUUUAUUUGCGGGGCAACAGUGUGUAUCCUGAGGUGCUGGGCAGCUUCCUGUGCCCGAUGUCCCAGGAAGACCAACCAGGUCCCCAUAAGCCCGAGGCCGCAGCUUUCUCUUCCUGGUCUGCAGUGUCUCUCCUGACUCUGCUGCUGCCAACAAGUAAAAAGGUGGAGAAAGAGUUUCCUCAGAGGUGCAGGAGGCCGCUGUUCGGUGUGGAAUUCAGGACGGGAAAAUCCCCGCCCCCUCCAAGGCAGUGGCACCUUCCCUUUGCCCUCCGGGCUUCUCUGAGGCCCUGUUGUUCUUUUCUGAUGCCAGUCUUGACCAUCUCUUUCCAAAGAUAGCAGGCAAGCGCCAGUGUUCUCAUCUAGUUCUUUCAAAGGUGAUAUUUUAAUAUUUUGUGUGUAUCAAUAUUUUCAUGCUUAAUGUGAAAAAAUUGAAUUAUUUAUACUUAUUAUAGAAAGUAUUUGAAAUUUGCACAUUUAGUUUUCCCUAGUAGAACACCUCUGUACAUUUGAUUGGAUUUCUUGAUGUUUUCAUGAAUAACGUAACGUCACUUUUGAAAAGAGUGAAUAUUAAAUAAAUUAUUUAAGAUCCUAA